GCACAGCACUGGAGGAAACGAACCGGAGGCAGUUACUGCCUCUGUAUAAAUUGAGGCAGAAAUCCAGUGGAAAACAUUUCCAAAAUUCUACACUCAUGGCGUCCCUUCUGAAGACCGACAUUCCUCUGCCCCCAGACCCUGGUGACAAACCCCGUGGCAACCAACCACAUUUGUCUAGAGUUCCCAUUCAUGUUGUUACCCAUUCAUCUCAACUUCCUGCAGAAUUCCUCCAGCCUUCAAGUGAGAAGCAGCUGGUCAUAGGCUUUGACUGUGAAGGGGUUGAUCUUUGUCGUGUGGGAAAUCUCUGUAUUAUGCAGCUUGCUUUUCCAGAUGCAAUAUAUCUUGUUGAUGCUGUUGAGGGCGGAAAACCUCUUGUGGAAGCAUGUAAGCCUGCCCUUGAGUCUAGUUACAUUACCAAAGUUAUUCACGACUGCAAGCGAGAUAGUGAGGCGCUGUACUUUCAGUUUGGCAUUAGGUUACAAAAUGUUGUGGAUACCCAGAUUGCUUAUUCUUUGAUUAAGGAGCAACAAGGACGCAAAAGAGUUCCAGAUGACUACAUAUCAUUUGUUGGCCUGCUUGCUGACCCGCAAUUUGGUGGUAUAUCAUAUGUAGAGAAGGAGGAGGUCCGCAUUCUAAUGAAGCAGGAUCCCCGCUUUUGGACCCAUAGACCAAUGUCAGAGCUAAUGCUUCGUGCAGCUGCAGAUGAUGUUCGUUUUCUUCUAUUCAUUUAUCAUAGAAUGUUGGAGAAGUUAAGUGAGAGAUCCAUGUGGCAUCUUUCUGUUCGUGGUGCGCUUUAUUGUCGCUGUUUCUGCCUCAGUGAUAAUAAUUUUGCAGAUUGGCCGUCUCUGCCUCCAGUUCCUGCUUGUUUGGCUGAUGACAAGAAUCCUCCAGAGGAAGAAAUUCUGUCUGUUCUUGAUGUUCCCGAAGGGAAAAUGGGAUGUGUUAUUGGUAAACGAGGAGCUAAUAUCUUGUUGGUAAAGGAAGCAUGCAGUGCUGACAUCUUCUUCGGCGCUGAUAAGGGUCCGCCAGACAAGGUGUUCAUACUGGGGCCUGUGAAGCAGGUUAGAAAGGCGGAAGCGCUUAUUAGGGGAAGAAUGCUAUCGAGGAUGUACUAAAAGCGACGUCUCCUCCGUGUAAAUGAAAUGAUCCAUACCAUACCAUGAUUUGGCUAUGGAAAUUGAAUAAGCGGGAAUGAAUCAAGAAUGGAUCCAUAUCAUCAUCUUUGGUGUUGUAUUGAUUCAUGUGUUUGUUGAAAAAUGUUGAGAGCAGAGUUUAUGACAUGAUUCUCCAAACUUGGGUUGGCUUAUUAUGGUGUGGAUUGAUGAGUAGGUGCAGCAGAAUGUCAGACUUUACCCAUCACAAUUCUAGUAAUAUCUGAAAGCCAUACCUCAGUUAACCAGU